AUGAUGAUGUCUCCUUCAUANAGAAAAACCUAAGGAAAUCAUUAAAACAAAAGAAUCGUUGACUCCAAUCCAAUCUGUUUAAACUUGCUCUGUAGACUUAUAAUAUCAAUCCUUAUAACUACAGUUAAAUUAAUAACUGUAAAUGAUGUAGCUUAGCUUAUCUAUGAAUCCAUACAUGAUUCUUUAACAGUAAGAGUGUUAAUUUGAUUCUUUAGAAACCAAUAUUUAAACUAAUGCUUAAUGUAAUUAUAAGCACAGUAGAUGAUCAAUUCGUAAGGAUGGUUGAAGCCCAUUUAACAACCACAGCCUCUUCUUUAAUAGUUUGGAAGAAUUCAGGAACAAAGAUCAUAUAUAACUCCAUUAUAAUCUAGCAAGUGUCUUGAUCAAAAAUAUGAGGAAGGCCGUCCUACAUUGAAGGAUUUCAUUUGAAUAUGACAAUAUUGUAUUAAUUAUCAC